GUGAUUGAAGCUAUGGUAUGGUCUUGUGUAGUAUAUUAUGCUGUAGGAUUUAGUCCUGAGGCUGGAAGGUUUUUGCGUUAUAUGUUUGUACUCUUUUCUGUGCACCAAAUGGCAUUGGGGCUCUUCAGGACAAUGGCUGCAUUGGCAAGUGAUAUCAUCAUUGCUAAUACUUUUGGUUCAGCUGCAUUAUUGAUAAUCUUUUUGUUAGGUGGAUAUAUUCUACCAAAGGAGAUGAUUAAACCAUGGUGGUUGUGGGCAUUCUGGGUGUCUUCACUGUCCUAUGGGCAGCAAGCAAUACUGCUAAAAGAUGGAUGGAGAGGUCAGCUUGGAAAUAUGAUUCUGCAGAUUCAUAGUUUACCCAGUAAUGGUUAUUGGUAUUGGCUUGGAGUAGCUGCUUUACUAGGAUAUGCUUUGGUUUUCAACAUUACAGUGACAGCAGCACUUUCCUUUCUCAAUCCCGACACUUCUGAUAUCCAUUGA